AAUUGAACCUGCAGCCUUGCAAUUUUGCGACCAUGUGAUCAGACUUGUGUGUCCAGAUCUGCCCAUGUGUCUAGUUAUCCCAAGACAACCAAAAGUUCAAAACUGUAUGUUUUUUUUCUAGUAUUACUUUGGUGAUAAAAAUCUACCCAGAGAUAAAUUCCUCCUACAGAAAAUCGAAGAAGAUGAUGGUUGUAUCCUUUUUUAUUUCCUAAACUUGGUUGAUGCAAGGAGAAAUUUGACGUUUUGAGCGAAAGCCUUUUGUCAGGAUGUUAGUGACUUCAGUAACUUAAUUAGUAAUCCAGUAACUUAGUGGUGGACACUUAACAAAAUAUUGAGGGGGGGGGGGGUGAAAUUUUCAACAUGUAUGCCAAAUGGGUUUCAGUGUCCAUUUAUUAAGGCUCUAGGUUAUGUGGUUCUUUCAGAACAUGGGUCACUUGAUGAAAUGAAUAUAGAGUUGUGCCAUUUACUGACAUUAGAUACUUUUUCUAAGAUAAUCAAUUAAUCAUGUCAAUUAGCGUUGUUGUUUAAUGAACAAUUAUAGCUUACUAUCAAUUGAUUGUUCAAAAUAUUUAAUCAGUAGAGCUGUUAUUUAAUUAUAGUCAUUAUUUAAUAUCACUAUUACAUUAUAUGAGUGUGAUUGCAUGCUUGCCACUUGCUCCUAAACAAUGCUUGUGAAUUGGGAUAUUUGAUACCAGACUUUUUAUAGGUCUUUCAAAAUUCAAAUCAAAUGCCAUACUGUAGUCUGCCAUACUGUCCUGUUUCACUUACCUUAACCAGUAUGAUAGGGGUAACAAUGGAAUGUCUUUUGACAUUUGCUCGCUUGAAGGUAAUUGUCUUCGUGGAAUUUAUUGGCUUGAGCUUUGUACAGUAUAUUGCAGUUAUUGGAAUCUUAUUGAUAUUUUUUAUUUGUAGACAAUUGUUCAUGGUAUAAUUGGAAAUGCAUUGCGUGAACAUGGCAGUGGUCUUAUAGAAGUACAAAACCUUACACUUGUUUAUUUUGAUGUGCUUGCUUCCUGACAAACUGAGUCAAGUAUAAGUUUCAAUAUUUUGUUUAUGUGUGUUUGAUUUACAACUUCUUCAAGGUCGAUGAGACUAACACAAAGUUGCGUCGAGCAAAACCAAUGCCAGAAAUAAAUGAUGAGUAUAACAUGUUAUCAAAGGAAAAGACUAUUCACUGUGUAAGUAAUUUGGCCUGUCAUCCUAUAUUUUUCAUUGACUAUAUUUAUUUGUAG